AUGUCGCUGUGUCAAGCAUCUGUAAAGCCAGUGACAUCAUCAGUGCUCCGGCUACUGCUCAGGUCCGGACAACGACAGCAAUGCGCUCAGAAUAUCCGGACUUUCUCCUCCUUUUACCCAGCGCACUCGUCCUCGAAGCGUGAACUUCAGACUGCCACCGCAUACCGACCCUACUCACUCCCCGAGUCCGUCGUUCCCCCACCACGGAAUGCGGGCACUCCAGACACUUCCAUCUCAAACGCCAUUCCAGGCUUAAACACUACUCCAUCAUACCCGCCGCCAGAGAGGACAGGGACAGGCAUAUCGAAGGAGGAAGGGAAGGCUUCCGUGUCGUCGUAUGGAUUGCCGGAAAUUGAAGCCCAGAAGUCGAAACCCGUAUCCCCAGCCGCAGAACCACAGACGAAAGCAAAGCCGCGCAAGAGCAAGCUACGAGCAAGGAAAGCUGCCGUAACGCUGACACCGACCGCGCUAUCCAAACUGCGGGACCUGGUCUCCCAGCCAGACCCGAGGAUGAUCAGGAUAGGCGUGAAGAACAGAGGCUGUUCGGGGCUGUCUUAUAACCUGGAAUACGUCGAGAAGCCAGCUGCGUUCGAUGAAGUCAUUGAACAGGACGGUGUAAAGGUCUUGAUAGACUCCAAGGCCCUUUUCAGCAUAAUUGGCAGCGAGAUGGACUGGCACGAGGACCCGCUGAGCAGCCGCUUUGUUUUCAACAACCCAAAUAUCAAGGAUGAAUGCGGUUGUGGUGAAUCAUUCAUGCUUGAAAUACCGAUAUCUUGCACAGCUCCAGAGAUGGAGGACUUCAACCGGCUACCUCUAGAGCUAGAGCUACUUCUCACCAUCCGAUUCUCCGCAUCCAUACCCGAUAUAUUUCUCGAAAUCCCCGACCCGACAAGCACCACCGCCGCGGGGCUCAAACGGCUGGUUCGCGAUAGACUUCCGCCGAAUCUCACAUCGCGUCGACUACGUCUUAUUCAUGCCGGAAAGUCCCUAGAUGAUUCCACAUCACUAGCAACACAGAUAAAAGUCGGGAGGAAUAAUCGCCUGCGCCCUCAGCAUGGGAACAGCUAUCGAGCGCCUUCGCCGGGUUCGCCGUCCGAAUCAGGCUCCCGAGUGUCUUCUCCCUUUCUGAAAGGUGGAUAUGCGACGCCUUCAUCAUCAACACCAUCUCAGGCUCCAUUAGAGUCGUCGGGGAAGGGGAAAGAGCCGGCUCGAGACCAGGCGGAGCCGAGGGUAUAUAUACAUUGUUCGAUUGGGGAUAUCACUCUUACACCCGCAGAGCUUGAUGCAGAAGCUCGCGCUGCUCGGUCUAGCCAUGAUACAUCGAUAUCAGGUACGGCAGGUCAUGACUCUUGGGGUUCAGCUGGUCUGAACGGGUCCGCGGGAUCAAGCCGUUUACCGCAUGGAGCAGAUGGCAGAAAUACAUCAGCUCUAAAUAAUACAGGUGCUGGCGCCGGUAAUGACUCCGGUACAACUCCAGCGCCUGCACCACAGGGAUUUGAUAGGCUAUUAUCUGCUGGGUUUACGCCGUCCGAGGUAUCCUCUCUUCGUUCACAGUUUCUCGCCCUGCUGUCCCUCUCGCAUACCCCAGACACGCUACCGUCUGGUUCGGACCUACGAAGAUUAGAGGAUAGAUGGAUGGACGAGGGUUCAUCGGAUAGCGGCAUCGGUGGCCUGGCUGGUAACGGCGAUGACUCGAAUAUUUUUGGAGACAUAAACACGGAUAAUAAUGGUGGCAGCGGCCCAUUUGGAUCAGGCACCUCGCGCGCACUAGAUGAUAUGCUAUGGGGCUCUGUUAUGGGGUUCUUUUGGCCUGUUGGCUGUGCACUAUGGCUUCUGAGAGAGGAAGGGGUAUGGAGCUGGAGGAAAGGGCUGGCCGUUUUCGUAGGGGUUGUGGUGAACUUUGGAUUCGGAGCUGUCAGGAUGCUGAGUUGA